GAUUGUUGAUUGUUGACUUGCUUGCUUUGUCAAGAGAUCCUCCUUGAACUCCAGCCAACGCCAUCUCAAUAUACAAGUACUUUGCAAAUUUUUAUAAGCCUUCUCUACUGUGUUCUUUUAUAAAUAUAAUGUAUUACUUCUCUACCGUGCUACUUCUAAGUGCAGGAGUUAGUCUCGUCAACAGCAUCCUGUCGGGUUCCAUCGCUCCACCAUCCAAGACAUGUAAUGACAAGAUGAAGACUAAUGCUGGCAGGCUCAAGAAGGCGCUGUUUUGUGGUUACGACACCUCAGUGCGUCCAGUACUCCAUCAUUCCAAUCAGACCUUCAUCAAGCUAUCUGCCUUCCCAACCAAUAUCAACUGGAUUAUGGAACAAAAAAACCAAAUGUGGAUGUCAUUUUGGUUUUUUAUGCAAUGGAAAGACGAACUGCUAACAUGGAACAGUUCUGAUUAUGAAGGACUGGAAGAAUUUUAUGUUGAUGCAAGCAACAUUUGGGUGCCAGACAUUUUUGUUAGCGACCCUCCACAAUCGUAUCCGAUGACCAAGCAAAUGAGUUGUCUGGUUCACUCCAACGGUGAUGUCGAGUGUACCAUGAGCACCAGUCUUACAACUCGCUGCAACAUCGACUUGACAUACUUUCCGUUUGACCGCCACUCGUGCAAGGUGGUGUUACGUCCCCGCUCCUACCAUGGACCUGUUCUCAACUUGGACUUCAUGGACACUUCGGGAACUGAUCCCCUCAAGUUUUACCGGUCACAUGGAGCCUGGAACCUGAUGUCAGUCAAGUUUAACCGUAAUGUAACCAACAUCAAGAGGGAUAUCUACACAACUGAUAUGGAGUACUCAUUUGUCUGGUUGCAGGGAACUGAUCCCCUCAAGUUUUACCGGUCACAUGGAGCCUGGAACCUGAUGUCAGUCAAGUUUAACCGUAAUGUAACCAACAUCAAGAGGGAUAUCUACACAACUGAUAUGGAGUACUCAUUUGUCAUAGAGAGGCGCAGUUCAUCGUAUAACGUUACGUAUGCUACACCUGCAUUAGUGAUGAUGAUGAUGGUUCUCAGCGUGUUCUGGCUCGAAGUGCAAUGUUCAGCAAGAGUAAUCCUACCAGGACUCGCAAUCUUGGGUCACCUGAUCAUCAUAGAGUGGCUGAUGAGAGCUAUUGAUUCCAACUUUGACCAUCUUCCAGUCAUAAUUUUGCUGUUUCGGGACUCUCUGCUGAUCACAGGUCUUGCUCUGGUUUGGAGUGUUAUCUCCCGAUCUCUCUGCACUUCCUCUACCUCACCCUACUGGCUCUACAUGGUCACUACCAACCUGAACAGCAAUCACAUCGUCAAAUUCUUGCUACCUCAUGACAUCUUUAUCAAGGUCACUUUUAAAUCGGGAACGUCAGGCGAUGAAGACGAGUCUUCCCUUGUGAUCCACAGAGACUGUGUGGAGCAGCAAUGGCGCAUACUAACUACCCUCGUCGACCGACUAAUGUUUGCCUUCUCUCUGCUUGCUUACAUGUACUUCUUCAUGAGGCUUACUCCUUAGUGUCUUGGUAACAUUCUAAUUUUGUAAGUCAAACAAUAGCUUUCACAAUAAAUGUUUGAUAAACCAUU